GUUUGUGAAAAUUGGAGAUGGCUUGCUUGCAUGACCAUAGCUGCGAAGAACAUGAUUGCUCCUCUGAUUGGUCUCUCUACAAGCAUAUAGACCUCCCAAAGGUUUCUGCUUUAAAUGAGUCAGUUCCGGGCAGUGUCAAGUCUGUGUUCAAAGCUUGGGAGGAGCGUCUGAAUUCAUCUGGGGGACAUUUGGAGAGCAAUGAGGGUGAUCCUGAGUUACUUAUUUUCAUUCCAUUCACAUCAGAUGUGAAGAUCAAGAGCAUAUCGAUUGUUGGUGGUGUUGACGGAACAAGUCCUUCCAAGAUGAGGGCGUUCAUUAACCGAGAAGGCAUUGACUUUUCAGAUGCUCAAGGAAUGCAAGCCAUUCAGGAGUGGGAUUUGGUUGAAAAUUUCCAAGGAGUGUUGGAGUACCAGACAAGAUAUUCCAAAUUUCAAAAUGUGGGCAAUAUCACACUGCAUUUCCCUGAUAGUUUUGGUGGUGAUACAACCAAGAUUGAGUAUAUUGGCUUUAAAGGCGAAGCUACACAGUUGAAGAGGGACAUUGUUGCUACCAUUGUUUAUGAACUGAGGCCAAAUCCUUCUGAUCACAAGACAAAGGCUGAAGGUGGGGGUCUUUCACAUGUGGAAUGAGACAGUCAUGCUGGCAGUUCUAAGGCUGGAGGUGGGAAAUGAAUAGGUGCAUUAUCAAUUAAUGUGACCUUCAGUGCUUCUUGUAUAGUGAGAAUAGAAACACCGGAAAAUACCUCAAUCGGUGGCGCUCCAUGUUUUCGUGGAAGCGUUUCGUAGUUUCUUUUUAUGGUUGGUUUGUAGUCUAAUCUACAAGCAAUGAAUCGGAAGAUGUUGGUUUUGUUAAGGCUUGUACAAUCUAGUGUCCGAAUAUGUAUUACUCAACUAGUGUCAUGGCCGGCAUUGGUCACUGAUGCCUAAUGAGAAACUUACAUCUAUAGCAAAAAAAUCAUUGUUACCGUGA